AUCUGUAGAUUUCAUCUGGGUCAGAUCCCGUGUAAAUACAAGAUGGCUUUAUUGCACUGCGCUGGGCAACCGCAAGGUGCUUUUAUUUCGUAUCCCAUCUCUAUAAACAUGUGAAGAUUCAUUCCUAUGUCAACCUGGCCUGAUCAAUUCAAUGAUCGUGUAGCAAAACAUAUUCAGGCUUUACUGUGGACAACGUUUUUAUACAUUUGCAAUUAAAAUUGAGUAUUUAGAAUUGCAAAAUACAGAAAGAACAUUAUCAGUGAAGCUGGGAUACAACUCUCUAUUGUUGAUUGAUAGAUUGCUUUUUAGAUAAUGAUUAAAGUUUUUAAAAAUUUCAAGACAGAUAUUAGACGAGUUGUUUUUGCUAAAUUUCAAACAUCACUUAUCUUACAUCCACUAGUUUAAUCUUUUAAGCCUUAUUCUUAGUUCUCAAGACGCUGAUGAAAAAUGACAGAAAGUAAGGACAGUUUUCAGUGUCUCAGAAUAAUUUCAGUGCUCAUAGUUAGCUCCAUAGUCAUCCAAUAAAGUAGCCAGUCGUAUCGGUAGGUUCUUUAACUAUCUUUGUUUGGAAGAUAAUGGGACUGCUGUGUUUAUUUACCCUGAACUUUAUAUUUUAAAAACGAUGUUUAAGCUCAACAGAAUAUUCCUAGAUAUUUUUGCUACACAUAAUAGACUUUAAAAACAAACUUUUUCGUGAACUAUCAGAAUGAAGCUACUUUAUAUCUGACUAUCUGAUACGUCUUUUUGAAAGUAAAAUACAGUUUCCUGUCUCUGCAAUUAAAGCACACAAUUGGAUUGCAGAUUGCAUAGUGAAUAGAAGGUUUUGGGGAUACGGUUGAGGGGGAUGGUCGAUGCUCAUCCGUAGAUGUGGUCGUGGACAUGCGUGACUAUGGCUGAACGAAUUUUGCAAAGCUUAUCUUUUCUGUCAUUAGUAACCUAAUGGCAUCCAAUCUCACCCACUAGUGUUUGCCGUUUUAAUCAGUUGAACCUGCUUGAACAAUAGUGUACAAGUUAAUUGAUUUAAUUGAAAUAAUCAGUCCAUGUACGCAUUCAAUUUUACAACAUUAUACUUAAUAGUCCCGUCAUCAAUCAUUGACAAAUUUCUAUUCAAGCUUAAGUUUCUUGUUUUUUCGUAAAUCAGUGCUAUUGCAUGUCAUUAAGCCGCUAUUCCUUACCGAAAUAUGAACACCCGUUGAAUACUUUUCGUUGCAUGAAAGUAGCCGACGGUGAAGUGCUUUCAAACAAAUCUGUGUUUCAAAAAGAGUUCGGUAUAUUUAAAUCUUUUCGUCAACCAGCGUCCACCUUGCCGCAGUUGCAAUGCUCGAAGUGGCACGUCGAUGCCUAAUACCACUGCAGCCAACAUUUUGAAGGUAAUAAGACGGCUCCAAGGUCUCUAAUUCGGAAAUUUGCUAUCACGGAGCUGAAAUACGGAAACAAAAUGUUGCAAAACAGUAUGGAAUUUGGCUCUCUUGCGCUUUUCCUUUAUACGCUGGCAAUAUUUUUAACCGAGGUAACCCCAUCGCACUGUGACAAUGUAUUGUAUGAUCCAGUAUCAGAUUGUUCAAGUCAUGCCCUGCGAAUUGGUUAUUACCCAAGUCCAAACUGUGGGAGGCUACAUUCGUUGACGGACUCUGAUGGGCAACCAAAUGCUGAUUUUGCAAGACUCAAUGACCCAGCAAGUUAUGAUGGUAGUUCUGGGACCCAGUACCAUGAGUACGCGGCUGGGAGCUACUUGUCAAUCAAGCUAUUUAAGCAAGCUGUAGUGCAUGGGGUUGCGAUUCAGGGCAGUCCAAACGAGCUUCGAUAUUACUUGAAGAGUUUUCAGAUCUCAUACAAAACAACUAUUGCCAACUUAAACGUCAGCCAACCCUCUAUGACGUCAAUAGAAUUUUACAAAGAAAGUGGGGUUAUAAAACAAUUCACUGGCGAAAUGAGGAGUGUCACGAAGUUUGUCUUUGCAAAUCCAUUUUAUGCCGAGGAGAUCCGAAUCCAUCCUCUUGUUGCACAUGGAAACAGGGUCUUUAGGGCAGAACUCUACGGCUGCUAUCUCGGAAGAAUAAAUGGUCCAUCAUUGGUGGGUAUGAAUUACCCAAUAACUUUCACAACAACACGUGGCCAGAGCGAAAGUAGUUCUAGCAACCAGUUCUAUGUAAAGAUAGAGGAGCCAAAUGGAGCCAUUACAUUCGUGCAAAUCAACGGUUCUUUGAAUUAUACUUUCACGUCAAGUGGAUUAGCAAAUGUCUACCUUGGAGUUCGAUAUGCAAGUGGCUGGUUGUUUGUAGACGAGAUUACUAAGCUGUUGGUACAGGGCCCCGUGCUUGGUUUACAAAUGAAGUUGGAUGGCAAUUUAGUUACUUCUUACAAAAAAACCGAAAACCAAGAUAUCGAGUUUCGUUUAGAAGUGAGCACGCAAGUUUUCCAAAUGAAACAAGUGAGUUUUCAGUUUGGUGAUUCGACGACCUGCGCCUACAACUACUGCAGAAAAAGAUAUUCGCGUGGUGUUUACUUUGUGAAGGGCACGGCGACAAAUAAUUUUUAUCAAGCAAGUUUGGAAGCACACGUUAUUGCAUGUCCUAGCUCUGCAGUGUCUGUUACAUAUAUCCCUACAAUAUACGGUGGAGGAAUUCCAAUAAGUUAUAAAGGUGCAAGCGUUUCACAUUCAUUUACUGUACAAUUCUAUGCACUUUGGAUGACAACAUAUGAAGUGAGGAUAAAUGGAGUACUGACGCAAACUGGGACGGUCAACGCGACAGGAUUGACAACCAGAGGAAUUACAAUUCCUUCUGAAUCAGUCGCUCCUUCGCAGCUCAACGUUGUUUUUAACUAUACAGAUUUCUGUGAAACAAGAAGCUAUACAGUAAAUGUGUUUUUAGAUGAGGAAAUCAAAGGACUUUCCUUACGGCUGAACCAAACAUUCAAGCAAGAACUGAUCAGUCCAGUCUCAUAUUAUUUCAAAGACAAACCUGUUGAUAUUUACCUUCAUCUUACCAAUGGAACGACUGUCCAAUGCAUAGUCACCCUGCAUGACUUGGGUGCUUCAUCGUUUUCAAUGUCCCCAUUUGUUACAGACAAAGUUUUCUUGAAAACGCACACAUUUACAUCAUCCGGUGAUACCUUUCCAACAAUAUCAGCUUCUUGUACCAAUCGUCUGAACCUUCCCCCCGUCAUUCUCCCCGCAACAGCAUUUGACUUCCGAGAGAUACCUGAGCCAAUGGCAAACUUUUCUCUUGCACUAAGCAAGUCAGUUGUGGCGACCGGAGAACGAUUCAAUUUAUACAUCAUAUUUUCAACAGGUACUGGAAUGAAUUGUAGCGUCAACUCUACAACUGCAGGGGUACUAAUGAACUUCGCCUAUAGUGACCUCACAUCACGUCAAAUUGUGUACAGCAGCACAGAAAAAGCGUAUCGCGUCGAUCUUUCUACCAGCUCUUACUCUACGUCACAUGUCAUCCAAGUCUCUUGUUAUACAGCCAUUAAGAAGUUCACUGCCCAAAUCUCCUUUCAGGCAUUGAUAAUCGUAAGUGGGACAAGCAUUGUGACGUCAUCGUUUGUCUGUUUUGGAACCAAUAUGGUGGUACAAAGCCUGUUGGCUCAGGGAAGACCGGUUAAAAAGGAAUUGCUUAUUGAUUCAAUUUCAAGUGAUACUUACGAAUCUUUAUCUGAAAAGGACAAUACAUUCAGUGUUGGAGAUUCAAUAUACAAAAGUCCGGGCUGGAAAAAUGUGGCAGUGCGUGUCUGGAAUGGAGUCACAGCAAGUCAAGUAGACUCAAAAGUAAUAAGAAUUGCAAAGACACCUACGAAUGUGGAAAUAGAGGCAAACUUUACACUUUCAUCCUCGCAAGGUCUGCCGAAUAGGCCUUAUCUGGUACUGCCUACAAACGAGUUAAUUAUUUUUAAAGCUAUUGUUACGCCCCAAGCUGAAGGCUACAUUUAUAACUGGCAUUUUGGAGCGCUUCAAGUCACAACACAGGUACCAACACACUCUCGCACCUUUCCUUCAAAGGGUACUGUGCAAUUCAAGCUUAUCGUCGAUGGCUGCACAAAUUUGGAAUUCAAUCGCAACUUAACAAUCUUAUCGCCAAUAUCUGACUUCACCCUUGCUACAAUACCAAACCCGGAAGUUGUUGUUAAUAAAACUACCACUGUUCGAAUAGGAUUUGCUGCCGAUGCUGAAUGCUUAAAACUUGACUUUGGAGAUGGAACAUCUAUCAUAAAAAACUGCAAAAACAACACAGCACCACACCCGUUGAGUUGCUUUACAUCCGGGACCUUCUGUUCUGUGAGCCAUGUCUACAAAACAAAAGGCGUUUACACGAUCACGGUGACAGCUUCGAAUGAAUUAUUCGCAAGCACUAAAACUAUAUCAGUGACAGCAAAGACAUGUUACAAUCCAAAAGUGACCCUCGAAGGCAGUGGAAGUGACAUUUCAGACUUUGUUAAUAAUCUUACAGAGUCUAUUUCCGCUACAAACCUGCGUCGAUCAUCACCAUUUUUCUAUAAUAUAACUUCUGUAGCAGUGGAUUGCGAGUUCACCAGUAGUUACUACCAAAGCUGGAAGGUCUAUUCAGCUGCUGUUGGCUCAAAUCCAGGGUUGAUAUGGAACGACCCAUCGUUUCUCAUGUCAAACUCCCUCUUUACUUUCGGUAACAGCCUGCAUAGUCUAUUGGUUCCAUGCUGUUUCCUUCCGUAUGGCACAUUCACAGUAACUGUGGACGUAGGACUGAAUGGCCACUCUCUGGUCAACGAUUUCAAAACAACAAAAGCCUUCUUGGUCAAUGUUACUCACACCGAUCUGGUGCCUGUUUUAGACAGAACAGAAUACAGAGUGUAUGGAUUUAAUACGAUGAUAUAUUUAAAUGGAAGCCAAUCUUACGACCCGGACAAAUAUUCCGACAGUCUCCUUUUUACUUGGUACUGCAGAGAUACCAACCUUGAGCCAAGAGAUCUCUCUGCGAUUUCUUCUUUUCCUUUUCUGGAUCAUACUGACACAAGUCUUGCACAACCUGUCAGUGGCUGUUUUGGUCAGCCUUUUGGUGUGAUCAACAUCACAAAAUCAGCUGAUAUUCUGGAAUUCAAUUCUAAGCUUGUACAGGAAAACCACACGAUUGAAAUCACUAUGGUAAUCGAAAACACAACAUCUCUUGGAGCUCGUAAAAGCAGCCAAUCAACUUCCUUUCUUGUUCUCACAAAAGAAACGCCUUAUUUUGAGAUCAGAUGCUCAGAGAACUGUGGAACAAAAAUGAAUCCUUGGUUGAGAUUAUCGCUAUUGGUUGACUGUUACGGCGAUGCAUGUCUGCAAAAGCCUCAGUGGAAUUGGAUACUAGUAAUGCAUAACGAAACAAGCAAUGUAACUCUGCAACUAGACUCAAAGCUUCAUUCAUUGGAGACUGAUAAAAACCUCCGGAUGAAACCAGCUGCCUUGCUGCCUGGUACAAGUUACACGCUUGUUCUGAAAGGAACUGGUCAGGGGGGUGCCUAUUACGAACAGGAGUAUAGAUUUGUUACAAACGAGGCUCCAGGAAAUGGUACCUGUUCCGUCAGCCCCAGCUCUUUUGUACCUAAAUUCCAAGAACUAACUUUUAUCUGUACCAAUUGGAUCGACGCUGAUCUACCUCUCUCCUACGAAGUGGCUCUAGUAAACAGCAUCUCAGCUACAGUGCUGUGCAGUUCACCAUCUUGCAAACUUCUUAUACCUCGUGACUUUGCCGAUAAUUCUACUUUGGUUUUUCGCACAAGAAUCUACGAUUCCCGUGGGAUGUAUACUGAAAUACAAAAUAACGUACAAAGCUUGAAUUGUGAGGAAGAAAUAUAUUCUUUAGUAGCAAACUGUGCAAGCAACCCUCUCAGAGUUGGUUACUACAGCAGAUGCGGCGAGCUGCAUUCAUUAUCUGACUCUGGUGGAAAGCCUAAUGCAAAUUAUGCUCGUUUGCAACAUCCAGCUCUUGUUGGAUCACAAAUACUUGAAUACUCUGCAAGCGAGUAUUUAGUAGUGAAAUUAUCAAAGGCCGCACGCGUUUCUGCCAUAGCGCUACAAGGCAGUCCAAAUGGCAUUCGGUAUUACCUCAAAGCAUUUGAGGUAUGGUACAAGACAAUUAUUGAAAAGGUAGACAUCACACAACCACCAACAGUAUUGGAGACAUACUACGAGGAAGGAGGCACCAAAAAGACAUUCAGUGGCUCCUUCAGCAAUGUAACGAUCAUUGGAUUGGCGAACCCAUUCAUCUCGGAAGAGCUGAGGAUCUACCCAACAGAUUUCCAUAUUGAUAAAGUCUUUCGAGUUGAAUUAUAUGGCUGCUAUUUAGGUAGAUUAAUUGUACCCACUUCUUUUGUUGUGAAUGUCUCCUCAGAAAUCAGAAUCGAGAUCUCGCAGGAUGCCAACGUAACAGAAACUCAGUAUUACCUAAAAAUAACAGAGCCGAACAAAACAUCCGUAAUUUUGAACAUUUCAAACACAACACAGUAUACAUUUAGUUCAUAUGGAGUUGCCAGCAUAGUCCUUGGUUUAAAGCACAGCAGUGGUUGGGUUUCAGUUGAUCACGAAGACGUCAUUGUGCUAGGCCCAGUCCUCGGCCUUGGCAUGCUUGUUGAUGGCUACUCUUUGUCUCCCUACAAGAGAACCACAUUUAAGGAUGUGAAGUUUAGUUUGUUCACAAAUUCACCAUCGCAUCAAGUCACAAGCGUCUUUUUUGAUUUUGGUAAUUCAACUAACUGCACCUAUAACAACUGCCAGAAGUCGCUUACACCUGGUCUAUACCAUGUGAAAGGAACUGCAUCGAACGCCGUCUUUCAGGGAAGUGUUUACAAGCACGUGAUAUCGUGCCCGCUGACAAACAUGGGAGCUUCUUAUACACCACCUGUCCACCAGGGUGGGGUUGGACUCAAAUAUACAGGCCCAACAUCAGUAUACAGCUUCAGUAUAAGUCAUUUUGCGCUUUGGACCACAAAUUUCCAUUCAUACUUUGGUGGUUUGCUGUCUCAAAAUGGGACAAUGAACGGCACUGGCUGGAUGUCAACAACGAUAAAUUACACUGCUCAAAGCCUAGUAGCACCUUUUACAGAAAGUUUCGAUUUCAACUACACUGAUGAGUGUGGAUCAUGGAGUCAGAAAACAGCUUUCUACGUUGACGAGGAAAUCAUAGAUCUCACCAUGCAGGUGAAUCAGACAUUCAAACAGCAGCUGAUUGUCCAAGUUCCAUACUUGCUCAAGAAUCAAUCGGUUGAUUUUUUGUUUGCAAUGAAAAAUGGAACCAGCGUUCAGUGUCUUAUAUCUAUCAACGAAUCAUCUACUUAUUUUGGCAACAAUUCCUCUUUUAAUGUUAUUUCAAACAGUAUCACGGCAACCAAUAAGCAGUUUACAAUCACACAUACAUUCACAUCUCCUGGCGAUUCUGUUAUCUACAUAGAGGCUAAAUGCUGGAAUCGUUUGAAGCUUCCCGAUGUCAGGUACACUUCAACAAUUGAAGUUCAAAAAAUUCCAGAAAAAAUCAGAAAUUUUUCUGUCGAUGUUAGCAAAUGGACUGUUAAAUCAAGCGAAAUAUUUCAUAUCUAUUUGUACUUUGAAACUGGUGAGAGAAUGAUUUGCAAUAUAACAUCAAAUUCAACCGGAAUAACAAGUUCGUAUUCAUAUGAAGAGCUCCUUGCAAACGAGGUGUCAUCAUCUGAUCCAAGAAAAUCUUAUCGCUUACCAUUUGCUGCAGAUUCUGCAUUACCAACACUAUUGAUUAACAUUGUCUGUCAAAAUAUACUUAACGAGGCCCAUGGAAAUGUGACUUUGAAUAUCUUGCCAGUUCCCAUCGAAGGCCUUAAAGUUAACGUAACGAAUUUCGCAUGUUAUGGUACAAAUAUUCCAAUUUUGCGAAAUGUGACAAAAGGUUCACCAAUCUACGAUACAAUUAUUAUAAACAAUAACACUGUGCUGCACCAACUGAAUUAUAUUGCUAUGAAAACCCACUAUAUUGGUCCUGAUUUGUAUGGCUUGGCAGGGACUAAAUACCUAACUAUUCGUUCUUCGAAUAGUUUGAAUUUCCAGGAAAGUGAAACAUUCAAACUACGGAUCGCGUUGCCAGUAACUACCUUGGAUGUUGCUAUGAAUUUUACCUUGUCUUCGCCACAGGGGUUGUCAGUGCGGCCAUGUUUGAUGUUGCCACUCUCAGAGGAAGUAAAUUUUACAGCGCUAGUAACCCCAUUGGCAAAUGGUUAUCUUUACCAAUGGCAAAUCAACGAAAUAAAGUUACAAACAAAUACAUCUUUUUGGAGUUUUUCUUUUCCUUCUAUUGGAAUCUAUCAAUUUAGACUAGUGGUUGCUGGAUGCAACAGUUUAAUGCUUGAGAGAAAUCUUACAGUAAUUGCACCUAUAAGCAGUUUUAACGUCACCACGAACCCGACGCCAAACUGUGUGGUAAAUGAAAGCACAAUCAUCAGCAUAACGCAUGGACAGCAUAGUGAAUGCAUUGAGCUUGAUUUUGGAGAUGGCUCUCCAGAAAUGAUGAGCUGUAAAUCCAACAUCACCACUUCUGAACUCAGUUGUUUUGACCUCGGAUCUGUAUGCAACGUGCAGCACGUGUAUCGUCAACGUGGAACGUACACAAUCAAAGUCAGAAUGUCCAAUAGCCUGUUUGCAAAAACAGUAGAACGAACGGUGGUUGCAAAGACCUGCUAUGACCCGAAAUUCACACUGCAGGGAAUUGGAACUGAAAUACCAGGUGGAUUUUCUGGCCUCGAUGCAAAUCUGCCUCUUGUUCAAGCCCAACGCUCUGUUCCUUUGAUUUACAACAUAACUAGUGUCACAACAGACUGCCAAUUUAGUAACGCUUACUCAAUACGCUGGACCAUCUAUUCUCUUGGGAUAAACCCAUCGACCAAUCAGACAUCACUACAUACAGAGGGUCAGGCUUUUGCAAUUUCAAACUCUACAGUGGCCUUCAUAAACAGAAAUCACCUACUGCAUAUUCCCUGCUGUCUUCUGAAUUACGGAGAAGUUGUCAUAUCUGUAGAGGUGACAAUGGCAGGCCAUUAUCUCAUCGGUGGAUUUUCAAUAGCAAAAGUCAUGAAGAUUUUUGUUAACGAUACUGACCUGAUACCUGAUUUUGUGGAGAACAGUUACAAAUCAUACCCUUACAACACUGAAGUAACGGUCAAUGCAAGUUUGUCGUAUGAUCCAGAUGGGUUUUCAACAGAUUUGAAUUACACGUGGUACUGCAGGGAUGUUUCAUUAGAACAACGGGAUGUUUUAUCAAUCUCAAAUUUACCACGAAUCAACUCAAAAUACUUCUUCAGUCUCCAGUCACACGCGAACACUACUUUGACGCCCACUGUAUCGCCAACAAGUUCAAUUGCACUGCAAAGCAUUCUUGCCUCACCAUAUUCAAGUAUGUCUUCUAACAACAGUAUUGGCAACCAAACAACAACUUCUGAUGAUAUGAAGAUGAUUGGCUGUUUUGGAAAGGCAGCUGGGAUUCUUGAUAUUCCAAGAACAACCAAAGAGAUAUCAUUCAAUUCGAGACACCUGCACGGAAAUCACACCAUCGAGUUUACUGUUGUUGUCGAAGCAAGAACUCCGUUCAGAUUACGAAGAAACAGCAAGAAAAAGUCAUUAAUCAUUACAUUACCAUUGACACCAUAUUUUGAAUUGAGAUGCACAGAAAACUGCAAAAGUAAAGUCGACCCCUCGCACAAAUUCUUUUUGAAUGCAAUCUGCAAAGGUGGUGCUUGCAACAGCAAUGCGACCUUUAAAUGGACAAUGGAACAAUACAAUGAGACGUCAAGAAAACCAAUACAGUUGCAUAAUGUCUUAUUUUCAACACCCAGCUCUAAAAACUUCUAUAUGAAGCCAAAUGUCUUAACCCCCGGCCAAAAUUACUCGAUCGUGUUAAGGGCAACUGCACCUGAUGGAUCUUAUUUUCAGCAGCAGUAUCUUAUAUCUGCCAAUAUUCCACCCCUAAAUGGAUCUUGUGUGGUAAAUCCGAAACGAGGCUUGGCUAUUUUCACUUCUUUUGAUGUUAUGUGCACUGGUUGGAUUGAUACAGAAAGGCCAAUUACAUACGAGGUUGCUCAUAUCAACAAAGUCUUGACAACAGUUGUCUGCAGACAACACAAUUCAACCUGUCGAACCAUCUUUCCAAUUGGUCCAAAUGGUGACAUGCCUUUGGCGUUGCGUGUUAGAAUAAUUGACAGUUUAGGAAUGUUUACAGAAAUUGAACUCUCAGUUCAUAUGGAUAUACCAACAUUGACUGUUCUUCAACUGGAUUACUUCUUAACGAGAAUAGAAAAUGCCACUCGCGGGCAGGAAAUUGCCCAGUUUAUCGGAGCCAUGGUAUCGGUUUUAGACCACAAUGCGGAAGAAAAUAGAACAUACGAGCAGCUACAAAAGAAGAUUCAGAUUCGUGAUACAGCUAUGAGUCUUCUGUUGAAUAUGGUCAACACAAGCUCUGAUGACGUCAUAGCUCCUUUGAUCGCCAAAUUAGCAGAAGUGCCAAGCGAGCUUCUACAAGAGACUGCUGCCAAGGCUGUUGAUGCCAUUGGCAAAAUGACUACCAAGCUAAUAAAUGAUCACACCAAUGUGCUGUUUAGAGAUCUGGUCAGUCGGGGCAAGAGCCUUAUCGCUGCCAAGGGCAUGGUCAUGAUGUCCACAUCAAUCAACCUGGAUCCAAAUCUAAGAGCCAAGAAUGAGUCGAAUUUCACAGAGAAUCCUCUCAAAUGGAAUGUAGAAGAGGGGAAAAGUUUGGUUCUGACUACAUUGGCAUACUCAAAUUCUAUGACUGACACAAUUCUUGGUCGCAUGUCACCUGUAGAGGAAGCAGUUGAAAUUCUAACGUCAAACUUGGGCAUCGUUCUGAAAAAGGAAGCGGGCUCGACUAUGAACUAUACAACGGCGAAUGGAAUCCUCAAUGCAAGCAUAGUGCUUCCGCCUUUGGAUGCACUCAACCUUGAUAACAACUUGAUUGUUAGCUCAGUGCUAAAGUACACAACAUUCAACACAUAUUUCUGGCACUGGCAAAGCAAUUUGAUAAAAUCUUCGUUAGUUGAUUUCCAACUCAAAUCAGACUUGUCUCACCUUCAAGUCACAAACACCAAAGAGCCAAUCCAGCUUUCAAUACCUCGACAAAUAAAACAACCGUUUGUUUAUGAGCAUUGGACAUUCAAAGAAAGAUAUAUGGAGGAAAGAAGAAAUUUUCAUCGUAUAAAGAUCGAGCAUGAUAAUAGUCUUCAUAUUGAGUUUAAACCAAUGAAUUACUGUUUGGAUUUUCAAGUAUAUGUUAAGUAUGAACAGAGACCGUCGCGUGACGAUUAUCUGAGAAACUGGACCUUACCAAGCCUUAGUGGAUGCGGUAGUUUGGAGAUGCAAGACAACAUCAGAGCGAAUAUAUGCUCUAUAUAUCAAGAAAUUGCUGGCCAGGCCCUGAGUAAUUGGGAAAAUGAAAUUGAACCGUAUUUGAAUUGCACAUAUAGACAGCUACUAGAUGCAAGGAUAGAUGAAAUAAUCAAGCCAUGUGCGCUGAAUCCGUAUCGAGUGUUCUUGUUAGACAAGGAAACAAAAAAUGGAACUUAUUACAUUGGUAUUUUUGAAAAGAAUGGGACUGUCUCUGGUAACUCGUCAGCUGCACAAUUGCUAAACGACACAACCAAAUGUCAAAUUGCUGAUGUUGCCAACGAAACUUCAUACUUUAUAAGAAGCUUUACAUCAAAGUGUCGCUUUUGGGAUCCAUCAGGUGAAGGAAGCUGGGAAUCUUAUGGGUGCCAGGUGGGACCAAAGUCAAAUACUACGGUGAUUGAGUGUAACUGCAAUCAUUUAACAUCGUUUGCGAGUGAUUUCCUCAUUGCUCCGAAUCCAAUAGACAUAGACAAAGUCAUAGAAGGAUUUAAGAAUAUUCACGACAACGUUUCUGUGGUUGUCCUCAUCUCUUUGCUGCUUGGAUUGUACGCCUUGCUCGUGGUUCGUGUCCGAAAAACUGACAAGCUGGAUGCUCAAAAGGUUGGUGUUGUUGCUGUUCAACACACUCAUUCAGAUAAUUAUCAGUAUCUGAUUAUCACAGUAACAGGAGCUAGAAUCAACGCUGGCACGACAGCAAAUGUGUUCUGUUCUUUGAACAGUGGUGAUAAAAAGGGGGAAGCGAGGAUUCUUCUUGAUUUAGAGAAACCAGCAUUCCAAAGGGACCAGAUAAAUGCAUUCAAAAUCGGCUACGAAGAGUCAGUUGGGGAUCUCACCGAUAUUCGUAUAUGGCAUGACAAUGAAGGUGCAAGCCCUGGAUGGUACCUCAGUCGUGUUUAUAUUGAAGACCUACAAACAAACAAAACGUACACUUUCAUUUGUGAGCAGUGGUUGGCAGUUGAACUUGAAGAUGGGCUUAUUGACCGAUCAAUUGGAACUGCUGAUCAAGACGAUCAUAAAGUCUUUUCACAUAUAUUCACAACCAAAACAGCCAAAGACUUCAGUGACCAGCAUCUGUGGUUGUCAGUUCUCCUAAAGCGACCUCAUGAUACCUUCACACGUGUGCAACGUAUAACUUGUUGCCUUGCAAUGUUAUGUUUGACCAUGCUUGCAAGUGCAAUGUUCUUUCAACUUGGUAACAAUUCAAAAUACCUAUGGAAAAUCGGCUCGCUGGUCAUAGACUACAAAGGCAUUAUAAUUGGAAUACAAUCCGCCUUGGUCGUUAUUCCAGUCAGUUCAAUACUUGUGGCCAUUUUCAAGAAUGCAGAAAGUAUUCAGAUGUACAAAGCACGCAGAAAAGCUAAAAAGCUGACUGGAGAAAAAUCAAAGCGAAGGAAGUGUUUGCCAUUUGGCUUCUUGAUAAUUGCCUGGUUUCUUGCUGUCGUCACAAUUUUGGGUUGCGUUGUUGUUGUUCUGUUCUACAGCAUGCAGUGGGGAAAUGAGAAGUCGACACAAUUUGUUGUUUCGAUUUUAACCGGCUUUUUCCAGUCAGCAUUCGUGUUCCAGCCGCUGAAAUUAAUCCUGUUUGCUGUUCUCAUCGCAGCAAUUUUCAAACGAAAUCAAGAUGAGGGCAACACCCUUGAAAUGUAUAAAUUUUCAUCCAAUAUACAAACCAUAGAUUUAUCAAAGGGUGACGUCAUUGGAAUUCCUAACUUGGAGCCGAGGUCAUUGACUCAAGAAGAGUUGAAAUACGCGCGGAAGAAGAGGCGGAUGGAAUUGCGUUUGAGGAUAUUUCUCCAGGACUUCAUAUCUUACGUAAUAUUCUUAAUGUUUCUUGCAUUUGUGGCUCGUGGGUAUCGCGAUACUGAUGGAUAUUACUUUAGCAAAGCCUUGACAGAUGACGUUGUCCACCAGCAUUUUGAACAUAUCAAAGAUGUUCCUGGUCUUUGGAGUUGGGUGCAGAACCACUUUAUCCCUGCCAUUUACACACAAGAAUGGUACAAUGGCGACAACUUUAGCGAUUUCAAAAUGACAAAUAACCAGGAGGCUUACCGGAUUGGCUUGGCAAGAAUCCGGCAAGUGCGGGUCAGAAAAAAUACAUGCAUAUUACCCAAUGAUGUCAAAGGCAUUGUGCACGUGUGCAAUGCACCAUACAGCUUUGACGCUAAUGAAGAAGGUGACUAUGAUGUUGGUUGGGGAAAUAAAUCAACAGUUGGAAGCUCUUUGAGACGAAGGAGGUCUGUGGUUGAAAAAGGCGAGAAGAACGCACCUAAUGUUGAUGAUAUCUUGCACAAACCAUACUUGUUUGAAACUGUUGGUAAGAUACUUCCACUUUGGGAUCAAGAUAGUAUGGAACAUAACAGGCAUGAGAAAACGCUCGAGUUAGAAGCCGAAUAUAGGAGUGAAAGGCACAAGGAUGAAGACAGAGAUCAGGAGAGAUCGGACACACAUGAAAGCUUCUCUGCUGACGAUACCUUUGUUUUUGAAGACAAAACAGCAUUUGAAGUCGAUACGCUAGAAAACACCGAACGGUUUUCCUCCCUUUCGCAAAAGGACUUUGUUCAUGUAGAACUCAUGAACCAACAGACUGGAGAUCAUGAGAGUGAUGCGGCUAUAGAGAAAACGUUGGUUAGAAAACGAAGAGCGUUGAAGUUCAAAAUCAACCGUAAAACAAUCCCCUCCACGUCAUCCAUAUCUCAUCCGAAUGAGAUCAAUAUUGACUCGCAAUAUCUCCUUCCCAAUGGGAGAGUAAAGCCAAACAAGCAGCACUGGUUGUACCAUGACAUGAGCGAGUUGAGAGGUUUUCCAUACACCGGACACACGGCAACGUAUAGCGGAGGAGGCUAUGUAGCCUCGCUUGCAACUGACAUCGAUUAUGCGCGGGCCACUGCCAUGGCACUCGAGCAGGAUACAUGGAUCGACUCUUUUACACGAGCAGUGUUUUUUGAGUUUUCCGUUUACAAUGCAAACCUGAAUCUUUUUGCGACUGGUUUUGUGAUCGCGGAGGUGCUUCCAACUGGAAAUGUGCUACCAAGCUCUAGCGUGAAAGUUUUUAAGCUUUAUCGCUAUGUUGGGACGUUUGGAAAGCUUGUGAUGGCGAGUGAAAUAAUACUUGUGCUGUGUAUGAUUUUCUUCAUUUACAAAGAAUGCAGGCUUUGGUACAGAAUUGGCCGCGAUUACUUGAAGCAGUUUUGGAGUUGGGUUGAGAUUACUAUCGCCAUUGCGUUGUUCGCUGCCUUAAUUUUACGGGCAUUCAGCUGGUAUGAGGCCGAUAAAAAUCUAAUACUCUUUCGCAAAGAUCCUGAGAAAUUCAUCAGCUUCAACUACACCGUUGUUGCCGACGAAGCGUUGCUUGUUUCCAUAACAGUUAUAUGUUUUGCAGCCACCAUAAAAAUGCUGAAACUCCUCGCCUUCUUCCCCACCAUUGUCGUUCUGCAAAAGACUCUUCGCUUAUGUUUGAAUCCUCUGAUCAACUAUGCACUGCCAUUUUUUGUGGUCUUUUGCGGCUUUGGCGCACUUGGUCAUCUGUUGUUCCACGAAACGACCCUUUUCUCAAGCUACGUCAAAACUGCGGAGACACAGCUCCUGAUGUUGAUUGGUGGGUCCGUUUUCAACAUACUACAGGAAGCCAAUGUAGUAUUCGGGCCAAUAUUUUUCGUGCUGUUUGCCGCCUUUGAAACGUGUAUCAUGCUGAAUAUAUUCCUUUCCAUAAUAAAUGAAGGCAUAAAUCAUUCCGCCGAUUGGAACAAGGAAACAAGAGGAGACGAAUUCGUAGAGUAUGUAGAGCAGCGUGCCUCUGACAUGCUGAAUGCGUUUUCAUUGUCGCUAAAAGAAACAGCGGCCGUUAUCAACCUUGGAAGCCGCCGUCGAACGCGCCUAAUUGAGGUGGGCGAGACUGUAGAGGAUGAAAAAGAACAACUCUUAAAGGAAGAUUUAUCGUGCGAGAAUCUUUCGCAAAUGCCAAGCAAACGAAACGAUAUAAUGGACAAUCACGACCUCAUAUUGCGCAGACUGGAAAACAAGAUUUGCGAGAACUUUGAAAUGGAGAAGGACGAUGCAAAAUACAUGUUGAAUUUUAUUGCUGCAAUAAAGUCACACAAAAAAGUUCCGAAGAAGAACAAACACCCAAAAAUGUUGAAGGUUUAGAGAAACCUGGUCUUAGGGAAAAGAAAAAAAAGCAGGCACUCUUUAAGAAGAUGUCCGUUAGGGAUAGGUGCCCAUUAUUGGGAGAUGUUCGUUAGGGAUAGGUGCCCAUCGUAUGAUAAAACAUGAAGCAUUCAUAAUCUCUUCUCAAAUCGUGCGGUAAUUUCAGUUCUUCAACAUUCUAUAUAUGCAGUCUUUUGUAACGGCACAUUCCACGGUACAUCCAACCUUUAAGUAAAGCAUUGCGACAUGCAACAAACUUUAUAAGGGAAGAUCGCUAAAUUUUUGCAUUGAAGAAAUAUAACAAAAGUGUUUUAUAUCAAUUUAUAUCCACUUAACACGAGUUCCUGUAAAUCGUAAAAUGUAAAGUUUAUUUCAAGCCCUAAAGCAUGAGGAAAACUAUAUAUUUACCUCAGUAGGAGGGCAUACCAUUAGGACCUUGCUCGUUUCUACGCUCCAAAUUCUAAAUGAAGUCUAAAAUCCAUAGACUUUUAAAUUCCAUUUAAUCUGUUUCUGUCAAAACGUGUAUUAACAUCGACAGGCAAACCACUUAUUUUUUUGUUGGAUGCCUACUGCAUAUUUUAAAUACUUGUUGGAUACCUACCGCAUAUUGUAACUCCGACGACGAAUAGAUUACUAUAAUAGAGCUUUAAUUUUAAUUUACAUAGAAAGUUAUAUGAUAAACAAAGAUAACAGAGAAAGACACUUUGUUUCCGCUCUUUACUUCUUUUGCCAUCUAAGACUUCCAGCUAUCCUAAAAAGGCCUAAUUUUCUGGCGACAUGCAAUGUGCAAAUACCCCAUUCUUGUGACCGUGUGUGAUGUUGGAGGAAUUUUAGCCUUAUUUAAGUUUUUGUGACCAGGGUUUUUUCCCGCUUUAUAUGAAGCAAGUAAACAUUUAGAAGGUCUCUUACCUAAUACCUAGAAAAUACCUAAUAUUGGAAAAUCUUAUCGUGAUGUGCUUUGAGUAUAGCAUGUCCUUUAUUAAUAGGACCAAAGUAAUAACAUAUACUAUUUCCCUACAGUAUAGUAAACUCUUUUUAUCAAUAGAAGAUCACUAUUGAUACUUAAGCUGCCUUUGCUACUAAACUUGAAUUGCUGGGAAACAUAGAAUAUAAAACGGCGCUACGCAUGCGAUUAAGCCUACGAUGAAGUAACGGCUUGAUGCUCUUUACAUAACGAUUUAUCGUUAUUUACAGCGAACGACUUACUUUACAUCACAUAAAUAAUUUAGCAUUCAAAAGUUCCUAUCUAAUAGUUAAAAAACACAACCCAUUCAAAAAAAAUUUCUACAGCUGAUUUCUUUACUAUAUACCUAGAAUAAAAAUUUUAUAACUUAUUUCAGUCCAUUAUUCUAAAUGCUUGUUCAUUAUUAAAUAUAUUCCCUGUCUAUUUCAAAAUUAUCCUAUACAGUAUUUACUAAACGGAAGGUGUUGAUGACCUAGUUCAUUCUCUUCACAC